AUGUCCAAAUUAAAUGUCCAUUUCAACAUAUUUAGUAACCUGUCCUCAUCAAUUGAUCAAGAUGUUGAUGUGAAAAGUAACAAUUCUUCAACAACUGGUGUAAAAAGAGCUGAUGAUAACCAAAAACAGCAACAAACACAGCCACACGAACAAAAACAACAACAAAACCUAAGCGAAAGAGAUGCUACUGCUACAAAGUCAACGUCAGAUGUGUCAGAACAGCCUACCAAUUCCACUGCUGCAUCUCAUCCUCACAAUGAGGAUGGUAAAACCAAUCAAAAACUGACUUCUCCAGGACAUCGAACCACAUACCAUUUCCAUCUACCAGGACAUAAAGCAUCAUCAAUGUCGCCACCACCGCAACCAUCAUUGGAUAGUGGAGCCACUUCUAGCGCAACUACUGCAACUGCAGAAGCUACUGCGACAAAUGUGUUAAACACCGUCCAGUUUACCCACUCGUCAACCCCGACUUUACAACAACCACAACCUCAAUCAUCUAGAUCACAACAGAAACCACAACGUCAACAACAUUCCUCUGGACCUUCUCCUACCAGGGAUGAAAGGUUCCACAAACUUGUCAAGAAAACAAUCAACAAGUUGAAAUUGUCUCCUGCUGUACCGACUGUUGCUCCUUUGAGUCCAGACUCACUUGACAGCAAAAGACAACAACUGCCACCACAGGAGCUGCAGCUGCAUUCACAGCAAUCAACCAAUCAAGGUCAAUCACCUUCUCAAGGUCAAUCACCUUCUCAAGGUCAAUACCAACAUCAUCAUCAUCAUCAUCUUUCAACCCCACUUACCCGUUCACGUUACAACUCAGUUGCUUCCUGUAACUCAUCCUCCAGUGAUAUCUUUGAAAGAUCUGUCACCAAUGGUAACCCACUUUCCAAUUUUGCCAACCCAGAAACACCAUUCCAUCAUAAUAUAGAAAACUAUACUAGUCCAAUUUUAGAUACAACUGCAGAAAUUUUGGUUAAUCCAAAUAUCCAAUUAGAACAAGUGAAGUUAAAUUGUUACUGUGAUGAUGAUAUCACAUCAUUGCCAUCGUGUGACUCUUUUAAGGGCAGGGACUCCUAUUUCAGUCCAAAUUACAAUAAUGGAAAUGGUGGUGGUACUGACAAAUGUAGCAAUGUCGACUGUAAAUCUAAACCAAAUAACCAAUCGACUCUGAGUUUGUCCUCAGCUCCAGCUCCUAUUCCAGGUUCAAACGUUAUCUCACCAACAUUGAGACCAAGAGCAAGAAGUAUCAUUUCACAACUGAUUAUUUCAACUUUGGAUAAUUCUAAACACAGCAACAGUAAUAAUACUUCCACCACUAGUGGCAACUCCCAUCUUACUAAAGUCAAAUCUUCAACUGCCACUACGGGACUUUCAAGGCCUCAUUUGAGCAAUUUAAGAUCAUCUAGUUUUGCUGGUAAUACUAGUCUUUUGCGUAAUAAAUACAAUCAUGACCUGGCAUCCAGUGCAACAAAUACUACCAAUGCUGGAAAAUCUGUAAUUAUUACUAGACAAUCUUCACCUAGGUUAGCUAGUUUGGUGACGAGAUCGCAAUCAGGUGCUAACUUGGCAACAUCGCCAACAUCAAACAAUUCAUCAACAAAAGCAAAACCAACGGCUACCGAAGCAAAAUAUGUUCAUUCACCUUCGAAUAAUCAACAUCAAUCAAUGAAUCAACCUCCCGUUAUUGAUUUUUAUUCAUUUGCUGAUAUGUGUACUCAUGAAGAUGAAGAGCUAGCACAAGGCGUAGCAGAGGAAGACGAAGGGAGAGAAAAAUAUGGUGGCAAUGGAAGUACUGAUGAUGAUGAAGAAGAAGGAAUUGAUCCAUUAGAUGAAACCAAUAUUCAGGAAUUUGGUUUUAAUAGUAUUAGCAGUAGUGGAAGUGGCAUGAUUAGUGGUCGUGAUGGAUCUAUUUCGACUGGCGGUACAAUGUUUACCAGAGAUGUGCCUUUAAGGAGAGGUAGCUAUGCUACAAUCAAUGCUAAAGAUUAUAUAGGUGUUUUAUAA